UCUCGUUAACAGCCAACCACAUUUUGUGGGGUUUCAAUCAAGAACGCUCCCAUUUGCAAAGUGCUUCCAUAUCUUCUCGUGCCUAUAAAUAAGCUUGGAAGGAGCAUUCCCUUCUCAUCAAACACAUACCUAUUUCAGAGAUCUUCACUUGUUUUUUAGGGAAAGAAGGAAAGAUGAGUUCAAGAGUUUUGAUGUUACUGGGUCUUUUGGUUGCUUGUGUUCUUCUCAUUUCCUCGGAGGUGUCUGCCAGAGAAUUGGCUGAGACUACUUCCAAGGAAGAAGAUGCGACAUCCACCGCAACCACGGAGACAAAUGAUGUAAAUGAUGCCAAGUACGGGGGAUACGGGGGAGGCCCGGGAGGCGGGUACGGAGGGGGCCCAGGCGGCGGGUACGGAGGGGGGCCUGGCGGCAGCUAUGGAGGGGGCCCGGGGGGCGGGUACGGAGGGGGCCCUGGCGGCGGGUACGGAGGAGGCCCGGGCCGCGGUGGCUAUGGCGGCGGCCGUGGAGGUUAUGGAGGGUCCUGCCCCUACGGUUGCUGUGGCAGCGGAGAAGGAUACUACGGUAGAGGUUGCAGGUGCUGCACUUAUGCUGGUGAGGCUGCUGAGACCAAGCCAGAAGUGAAGCCUCAGAACUAAAACAACAACAACAACAACGCCUGGCACUGCCUAUGCAAUCGGUGUUGCAUUAGCUAAAGAUGGAGAAAAUGCAUCGUAUUAUGAUGUGGUGCAAUAUGAGUGAGCUAUGUAGUGCAUAUGAAUAAAAGUGUGAUUCUUGUAUGGAGUGUAUUCAAUCAAAUAAAUAAAGUGGGUUUGUGUUGA